AUGAACGACGUACAAUCGUAUGCCAGUGAAGAGUCUUCUGUCUUUACCGCAGCAUCAAUCACUAGAUACAAAGAUCUCAUUGAUAUACCGAUUUCAACAACUAUUAAAGAGAAUCUUUCUUCCUUAUUCAAUUUUUUGGACAUUUAUGGUCCUAAGAUUGCAUUAUUCCAUACAAUUGUCUCAUUCCUACGAUUGUUCCAACUCAUUGGUUGUUCGUUCAUGACCUCAGAUGCAGAUGUUGUCGAUCUUUCAACAAAAACUUAUUGGUUAAUGAACGUAAUGAGUGUUCUUUUCCACGUAAUGCCAGUAUCAGUUCGUAAGAAUAACGAAUACAUUGUUUUAUAUUUGGUUAACAUUAUUCUACUAGUUUUCUUAGGUUAUUUGUUAUUCAUGGCAUUUCAAUAUAAAAAGACCAGUGUAGUUUCAAAGACUGCAACAAAUAUCUUAACAGUUUUCAUGUCGUUCGUUCCUUUUUGGUUCCUUCCUAUUGCAGUUCAAUUUUCUGGAGAAAUUCUCUCGGCUCUAAUUUCAAAGCUCUAUAAAAUUGAGGCGAAAAUGAUUAUUCCUUUAGUACUUACAGUUGCCAACAUUUUUGCAUACACAUGGAUAAUCAUAAGUUGCUAUACAAAAUCACUUGCCUUCAGAGUUAUUUCAUUCCAAACUGUUGAAGGUUCUUCCCAGAAUAAGUUAUUCAUUACAACACUUUUUGUUACAUUUAUGACAUCCCUGACAUCAUACUUAUCUCGCUAUCCAUCCCUUGUUUUCAUGGUCCUCGCCAUGGCCUGCUAUUUGUACAAUUGCACAACCGUUUUCAAUUGCGGAACUUUUAUCAAGCCAAUGGACCAAACAUUGAUAUUAGGUGGUUCCAUCCUUGGUUGCCUUGUUUGUGGUGCCAGUUUAUAUCCGAUAUUAGAUGAAUAUGAGUGGAAUGACUACUAUUUCGCAGUUUUCUUCGGUGUUGCCGUUUUAGUUUUCUAUUUUAGUGACUUAUUCAUCAAGAAAAGAAUCCAAAGAAACCUUUUGUUGUUAGAUGAAUUCGAAAUGUCACAGGAUUUCGACGUUAUCAAGUCAAAAGGCAAAUUUAGACAAAUUGUUGGUACAGGAUUCAGAUUCAACCACUCUGUCUGCCUUGAUUUCACAAUUUUCAAGGCUGCCGUUGAAAAAUGGUCAGAUGAUUUGAACAUGUGGUAUUUAUACGCGAAAUUUGCGGCCAUCUAUCCUGAAAUGAACAGCCAGUUAAUGUUCAUUGCAAACAACAUGAGAAGUACAAGAUCCAACCACGAACAGAUUGGUUAUUACAUAACAAAUAUCGGCCAAAUCACAAAGACAAGAGAAUUGUGCUUUACAACAGAAAUUAAGCAGAAAAUCUCAAAGUUGUCAAAGAAUUUCGAUAAGUCAAAGAACCGUCUGAGAUAUAUUUGGGACUUAGUUUUACAAGGAAACCUCGCUGAAAUGGAUAAAGCUGUAAAACAAGCCCAUGAGUCAAUAAAAAGAUUCGAAAUCGAAGUCAAUCAAUUGACAAUGUUGUAUCCAAACAACAAAUAUGUUAUCAGGCAAUAUGUCAAGUUCUUGGCUGAAUUAAAAGUUGAUUUUGCCAACGCAAAAGUCUGGAAAGAUAACGUCAAAUUCUUGAAUUCAGGUAUAUGCGUCAACAAAGAUAUCUUACAUGAAUUAGGACAUAUUGCUUUUCCAGCUAUUCCUGAUACAAUUGCUUCAUCUUUCACUCAAAACAAACAAAAUGAAACUCCAAAUGAUACAUUAACAUACGGAUAUGAUGAUUUCGAACAAGAUGAAGUUGAUUUACAACAAAUGGAAAUUGUCAAGACAUUGAUCAUGAAACAUAAAGUUCCUGCAUUACAAUUCAUGAAAUAUUCUGAAUUGUUUUUGUUGAUUGGAAUGACAAUUAUUCCUUUCCUUUUGAUUGUCAUUUUCUAUGGAAGUUUCACAAAUGAAUUAGUUGAGCCAUUGAACUUUUUGUAUGGUAUUUCAUACAUUAGAAACCUUGUCAACAUUUUACCAGCAUUCAUUGGUAAAUACUUAGUUGAAGAACUCGAUGAUCCAAAGAAUCCUUCACAGAAAUUAAUGGAAAAAAUCUUCCUAAGAGAAAACUUCCCAUUACAUGCUUAUGGAGGAUAUCAAGAGCCAAAAGAUAUUGUUCAAUAUUUGUGUGCUCAAGUUCCAUCGACAACACAGAAAUUGACAAAACUUAGAUCAUAUAAAACAGGAAAUUCAAUAAUUGAAGAAGUUAGAAACAAAAUAUUUGCAGCAACUUUACCAUUUAAUCUUUAUAAGAAUUCAAUAGAUGUUAUACAAUCAAAGACAUCAAUGGUUCAGUUGAUUUACAUGAUUGCAACACAUUGUACAAAAGUCAUUGAUCUUGGUUAUGUUGAUAUCACUGUUGCAGCAGGAAUGGAUGCAGUUACAAGCAGAUCAAAUGAUGUUACAACAACAAGAGUUGCAGGAGAAGCCAUGGAUUUGUUAGUAACUCACAUAAGAAAGAUGAACAAUCGCAAUCAAAAAUUAUAUUUAGGAUUGAUGUUAGGUUUGAUUGCUCUUGUUUUAGUUAUUAUUCCAAUUAUUUAUAGGAUACAAUCUUCCAUGUUAAAGAGAAACAAAGAAGAAUUAUACAGCGUUUUUGGGUAUCUUCCAAAGACAGUAAUUUCUAAUAUUUCUUCUUCUUUCAUGAAGAGCAAAGAUGAAUCUUCCAUUUCCAAGUCAAGAACAAUGGAACUAAACAAACAAGAAGAAGGAAUCAUUAAAUUGUUCUCAACAAUUUCUGAUGGUUCUUCAAGUGGUUCCAUUGAAGUUUACAACAUUUUCUGCUUGAUUUUCAUUGGUGCUGCCAUGAUUGCUGGAUAUGCAAUGCUGUUCUUGAGAUACAUGAAAGGUUCUGAUACAUGUGUAAAGAACUGCCAUCAUAUCAAUAACAUUUAUGGCAGUAUUUGCAUCAUGUAUUCAAUUCUUUCAAGUAUUUUGACAAUUUUGCCAGCAAAAUAUGAUCCAUUAUUAUCAGAAAUGUGUCCACUUCCUGAUGCUGAAAUGCAAGUCAUUGAGAGCUUCAUUCCAACAAUGGUUAAAUACAUCCAUUUGUUGAGAGUUGGAGGAACAACAAAUCAAGAUAUUCCUUUCUUAAUGAUGCAACAAGCUUUAGAUGAAGCAACAGCAAUUACUUAUUCAGAAGGUCCUGAAGUUGUUCCAUGGUUAUUCCAACAAUCAGCUCAUGGUUUCUCAGCUGAAGGUCAGCUUUGGCUUAUUAUUUCUCUUUUAAGAAGAUAUGCAACAAACAUGAAAAACGGAAUUUGGCCAAAAUUAAGAGGAGAUGGAAUUCAAGAACUUUGGCAGAUUGGCCCAUUUGAAUUAUACGAAGUUUUAUAUUAUAACACAGGUGAAAAAUUAGUUUCAACAAUCCAAGAUGAAAUAGAAAAACAAUACACACCAAUGGUUGCUUUCGCUGUUAUUUUCAUGUUGAUUGUUUUAAUAUUUACUGUUUUAUCAAUGAUAAUGAUUAACAAGGAAGAAAACAUUUUGAAGUUCACUCUUACUAACUUGUUGAGAUGCCAACCACAAAUAAUUUUCCAAAAUCCUCAUAUAAUGAAUGUUUUGAGCGGAAACUACAGCCAAAAGGAAGAUGAAGAUGACCAGAAAUUACUUAAAUUCCAUACAGAAGUUGCUAACAGAUUAAAUGAUAUCAUCAUUGUUAGUAAUGAAGCAGAUGGAAAGAUUGUUAAUGUCAACAAAUCAUUUGAAGAAAUGUUUAAUUUACCAGAAAAUGAAGUAAUCAAUACAAAAGUUUCUGAAUUCUUCAUGAACGGAAGAUUCACUUCCAAAGACAAAAUUGAAAAAGUUUUAGGUUACCAAAUCACUUUAGUUUACAAAGAUCAAAAAGAAAAUGUUCAUUACAUUGAAUUCACAAACCAAAGUGUUGCAGGAAGAAAGAUCUUUUCAGGAAGAGAUAUCACACAAACAUUGAUGCAUGAAAAGAUGAUUUCCGAUGAGAAGAAGAAGUCAGAUGCAAUGUUAAGUUCCAUUUUACCAGCAUCUUUAGUUCCACGUGUACAAGCUGAAGAAAAGAACAUUUCUUUUGCUGUCCAAUCAGUAACUGUUCUUUUCUUAGAUGUUGUUGAAUUCACACCAUGGUGUGGUUCUCAUGAUGCCCAAUAUGUCAUGAGAAUGCUGAAUAUCAUGUUCAAAGAAUUCGAUGCAAUCACAAAUGCUCAUAAAACAAUGACAAAGAUCAAAUGCAUUGGUGAUUGUUAUAUGGCAGCUGGUGGUAUAUUUGAUGAAGUAAAUCAACCAGCUGUUCAUGCAAAAGAAGUUGUAGAUUUCGGAUGUUUAGUCAUCAAGAAAUUAUUAGAAAUCGAUCAACAAGAAAAUGAAAACCUUAGAAUAAGAGUUGGUAUUAAUACUGGCGGUCCAAUCAUCGCUGGUGUUAUUGGUACAGAGAAACCAACAUUUGAGAUCCUUGGCCCGGCAAUUAACACUGCUCACGAAAUGGAACAUCACGGUGUUCCAAUGAAAGUUCAUAUUUCAAGACCAGUUUAUGAGCUUAUUUAUGGCCAACAGUUUGAUAUCAAGGAAAGAGGCGAAAUUGAUAUCAAAGGAGGAAAGAUGUUUACUUAUCUAGUUGAACCAUAA